AUGCGUCAGGACGCGACUCGUGCGCGCAAUUCGGAAGGAUUGUGGAGCUCCGGACAGAGGCGGAAUAUCGAUGAUCUGCGUCCGACUCACUUGGUUUAUAAAGAGGCUCGAAAUGGGUAUGCAGAUGGGCAGUAUGUCCACGUAUCGUAG